AUGAAUCCUCCUUAUCCUCUCCAGUCACUAAGUAAAUAUUCAGCAAUAAUAAUUGAGUUUCAAAGGAAAUACUAUCAGAGAGAGAACAUGAGCUUUGAAAAUGAAAUGGACAGUGAAUCGGAGAGAGAACCAUAGCACUCAAUCAAUUCAUCCUAACUGAAAGAAGAUGAUGACAAGUUAGAUAAUGAACUUUAGCAAAGUGGCAACGAAUUCAUUAUUAAGGAGGAUGGUUUUGAAGAUAUUAAAAAGUCCUCUACUUUAUUUAAUCAGGUAAGAGUCUCAGAGUUCAUAUCACUCUACUUUUCGAUGACUGCUGUAGCGUUGUCUGUAAUUGCCUAUGAAAAGGACUAUUACAAUCUACUUAAUGACAUGCCGAAUGAUCAUAUUGACUCUAUCAAUGUGUCUAUUAUAAUGUGGGUUGCUUUUGUUUUCAACAUAAUGCUGUUCAUUUCUAUAAUACUCAGACAUUACAUCUACUUUAAGUGGCUGCAUUCUAAGAAAAUGGUGACUUAAUAUGACACACUUAGAAACACUGGCCAAUGGAAAAUCAUAGUCAAGGAAAUCUUAGUUUGUAUGAUUAUGCCUUAUCCAUUUUUAAACACACUUACCUAUACUGAAACAUGGGUAAAAGGAGAUACUUAUGUUAUAAAAUUCAAAUGGAACUACAUCUUAUUCUCGUUUAUGACAUUCACUAGAAUAUAUUAGAUUAUAAAGUGUACUCUUCUCAUGACCUAUUGGCUGUCACCCAGAGCCUAGAGAGUUUGUCAUAUGUCUGGAUGCAAAGCUGACUAUAUGUUCGCUGUCAAAUCUCUAAUGAAAGCACAGCCAUAUACUGUAUUGGUGAUAUCACUCAUAGUAAGUGUGGGCUAGAUGGGUUACUGCCUCAGAAUAUUCGAAAGACCAUUGUCAAAACCAUCAGGGUAAGAUUUCGGCCUCAUGUCUAAUACAAUCUGGAAUGUUCUGGUUACUAUGACUACUGUAGGCUAUGGAGAUUAUUUCCCUAAGACUAAUAUGGGGAGAAUAAUAGGUUUGAUUAUAGCAUUUUGGGGAGUUUUUAUUGUCUCCUUAUUUGUGGUUUCACUCUCUAAUAUGUUUGAGUUUGAUGGAGGAGAAUUAAAGGCAUUUACUUUGAAUGAAAGACUAUAAGCUAAAGAAGAUUUAAGAGUAGAGGCAUCUAAUGUACUCAGCAGUGCAUAUAGACAAAGGCAAGUUAUCUAGAAAAAUCCAAAUGACAGAGCGUAAAUACUGAGUGCAUUUAGGAACUUCAGAAAAUAUAUGGUGAGAUUCCAGUCAAUUGCCAGAUAAAUCAGAGCAUUCAGCUAGCAUGAAUCAGAGGUAAAGGUGCUUGGUAAGGAGAUUGAAGAGUUAAUGGAGAACAUUAUGAAACUCCAAGAAGAUUAGAAAGAGCUGCAAGAGUUGUUUAAGAGUUUCAAAAAGAAAACUGAGAAUAUGACCUUUAGAUCAAUCCAAAGUUCACAGUGA